UUAUCCAAAAUCGUUAUCAAAAAGAAGAAAGAAGUUACAGCAACAAUGGUAGCUAUGGCUAUGGCUACUCUUCAAAGCUCCAUGUCUUCCCUCUCACUCUCCUCCAACUCUUUCUUCGGACAGCCUCUCUCUCCUAUUACUCUCUCCCCUCUUCUACCGGGUAAGCCAACAGGAAAGCAAUGCCGUAUCGUAAUGAGGCUUAAACGAUGGGAGCGAAAGGAAUGUAAACCAAACAGCCUUCCUGUGUUACACAAAUUGCAUGUUAAAGUUGGAGACACGGUGAAAGUCAUAUCUGGACAUGAAAAGGGUCAAAUUGGGGAGAUUACUAAGAUCUUCAAGCACAACAGCACUGUCAUUGUGAAAGACUUAAACUUGAAGACAAAGCAUGUGAAGAGUAGAGAAGAAGGCGAACCAGGUCAAAUAAAUAAGGUUGAAGGACCUAUCCAUAGUUCAAAUGUGAUGCUAUACUCCAAAGAAAAGAAAGUAGCAAGCCGUGUGGGUCAUAAAGUACUUGACAAUGGUAAAAAAGUUAGGUACCUAAUAAAAACUGGAGAGGUAAUUGAUACUGAAGAGAAUUGGAAGAAACUGAAGGAAGCUACUAAGAAAACUGAACAAGUUGCUGCUGCUUAGUUUUGAAUAUAUUAAUUAAUUCAUGUAUUCAACAGUAAUGUAAUUCUAUGUACUUGUAUUCUUUUUUCCAAUCUUAAUGUUUGAAGUGUAUAUUAUGUUAUUAUUUUGGUUGCCUCUGUAAUGUUAUCUCUAUACACAAGGCGUGAAGUUAAAUGGGUGUGCUGAAGUUUUCCACCCAUUUUCCUUAAUAUAAGAGACAUGUUGAAAUUUCCUUUUACA